CCGCGCGCGCUUCCCGCGCUCGCCGGGGCCACACGUGACCGCGGCACAUGUGACGACAGCAGGCACGUGACUGCCCCGCGCCACGUGACGCGGGCCGGGAGAGCGGCGGAGCGGGAGCGGAGCGGUGCAGCCAUGGUGUCCAGAAAGCAGCUGGCAGACUUUGGCUACAAGGCCUUCUCGGGCUCCAUGAUGCUGCUGACGGUGUACGCUGGCUACCUGUGCAGUGUCCGUGUGCAGAGGAUGCUCCAGCACCGCCGCCAGCGGGAGAACACGCCCGGGCCUGAGAGCUGAGCCUGCCCCUGGAGCUGAGCCUGUGCUGGGAGCCCCCAGCCCCACCUUGCUGCUCCCCCCUGGCCUGGGGGAGGCAGAUGGAGUGCAAUAAACCCGUAUCCAAGUG